CUGACCUGAACACACUUGCAAAUGACUCUUUUUGAUUGUACUUAAAUCGUUGAAUGCUCUUGUUUUCAGACUGUACGAGUUUGUGUGUUACGUAAUUAGCAGAUAUCGACAUCUAUUGUGAUCAGUGAAUUUAUAGUGGAUCUAUAAUUUAUGUUUGAAAUUCUAUGAUUAAAAGAAAAUACCAUGCAGACUUUUCCCUGCAUUUGCGUUACAUUGUUGUGUAUUGCGGCUGUAAAUGCACAUCCUAAGGCAAAUAAGAAAGGACCACAUUUGGAAUGGUACGAAAAUGGUGUUUUCUAUCAAAUCUAUCCCCGGUCAUUCAAAGAUAGUAACGGCGAUGGAAUCGGGGACAUUCGUGGUAUUAUUCAAGAAUUGGACUACUUGAAAGAAUUGGGUGUUGAUGGAGCUUGGAUUUCACCAAUUUUUAAGAGCCCAAUGGUUGACUUUGGCUAUGAUAUUGAAGAUUUCUACGAUGUUGAUCCCAUGUUUGGAACGAUGGCUGACUUAGAAGAGUUAUUCAGAGAAGCCGAGAAGAGAAAUAUAAAAAUUAUUUUGGAUUUCGUGCCAAAUCACAGCUCCGAUAAAUGCGAAUGGUUCAAAAAGUCAGUGAAACGUGAAGGCAAGUACACAGACUAUUACGUUUGGGCUGCGGGUAAAAACAAUAACACAGAGCCGCCAAAUAAUUGGGUAUCAAUUUUCUACGGAUCAGCAUGGACUUUCAACGAAGAACGAAAUCAGUGGUAUUAUCAUGCGUUUGCAAAGGAACAACCAGAUUUAAACUUUCGCAAUACAGAAAUGCUAAAAGAAAUGAAGGAAAUUUUGCUAUUCUGGUUGAAAAAAGGUGCUAGUGGUUUUCGAAUAGAUGCUCUAAACUUUAUAUUUGAAUAUGAAGAUUUACGCGAUGAACCGUUGACCGGUAUAACGAAUGACCCCAAAAUGUUUCAGUACACUACUCAAGAGUACACCACAAAUUUAAAUGAAAAUUUUGAAGUUGCAUACAAAUUCCGUAAUAUAUUCGAUGAAUAUAACAAUGAUCAUCCAAAAGAAGAGCUCGUUUUAUUGGGUGAAGCAUACGCGCAAGAAAACGAUUAUGCGAAAUAUUUUGGUGAUGGCAAAGGCAGAAUGGGGUUGCACGUUCCAUUCAAUUUUAUAUUAAUAACUGAAAUGGAUAAAGACUCGUCGGCUCAAUUUGUUAAAACUCUAAUCGAUGAUCGAAUCAAACUCAUACCAGACGGUCAUCGACCCAACUGGCAAGUGGGUAACCACGACCGUUCACGCAUUGGUUCGCGUUAUUGCGAACGUAGAAUUGAUGGUUUUAACGCAUUGAUAAUGACAUUACCAGGAAUUGCUGUCACAUACUAUGGGGAGGAAAUCGGAAUGGUUGAUAAUCGUAACAUUUCAUUUGGCCAAACUGUUGAUCCACAAGCAAAGGGACUUGAUCCGACAUCCAACUGGUUGGAGCGAUCACGUGAUCCACAGCGCACACCAAUGCAGUGGGAUUCAACAAAAUUUGCUGGUUUCAUGCCGGAAAAUGCAACCGCCAUGCCAUGGCUGCCCAUUCAUCGAGAUUAUAAGGAUUUGAAUGUUGCACAACAACGAAACAAUCCACGCAGUACAUUGAAUUUCUACAAGCGUUUAGUGCAACUCCGUAAAGAAAAUGCAUUCACCUACGGCUCAUUCCGUUCGACUGUUUUGAAUGAGAAUGUAUUUGCUUAUGUUAGGGAAUUUGAAGGAAGUGACACUUAUUGGGUGCUCAUCAACUUCGGUAAUCGUGUAGAAAAGAUUGAUAUGACACAAAGCAACUUGGAUGCAAGUUUACUGCAAGAAUUUGAAGUGGCUGCUGUCAGCAGUGACUCGUGUCAUGAACAAGGUGCCAAAUUGAAAGCAAGUGCAGUCAUCCUAGGCAAAUAUGACGCAAUUAUUUUAAAAAAUGCUUAAUCAUCUUCAUAAAAUUAUCCAGUUAUAACUACAUUAUUUUGUAAUAUUUACAUUGAUAAUAUACAUAUUGUUCGACUGGUACGGCACGUGUUACUAAUUCAUUGCUUUUUUUGCUAAUUCAUUGCCAGCGCAUUCAUGUUCUUCUACGUUUUGCAAACAAAUUUUAUAAUACGCAUUUAGCAUUUCUUAUUGAACAAAGCCAGAAUAUAAAACAUGCAAACAUCAACUCAAGAAGAAUAAAGAGAAAAAUUGAAUAUACAAAUACCGUCGUGUGUAUAUUUUGUUGUUGAUCUUAUAUUAUUUCGUUUACUUGAUGUAUAAGUAUGUCAAAGGAAACCCCAUUUUUUCA